AUGAACAGUAGGGGGCUGCUCCAGUCAGCUACACGGGGGUCAAUGGAGGAAGUGCAGGUGCUGCUUGGGGCUGGUGCUGAUGUGGGGCACAGAGGAUGGACCAUGUGGACCGCUCUACAUUAUGCAGCGAAGCAGAGACAUGCUGAUAUUGUGAGGUGUCUGAUCGGGAAUGGGGCAGAAGUGGAUGCCAGGACCGAUGUGAGGCAGACGCCUCUACAUUUGGCUGCAUGGAGAGGCCAUGCGGCAGUGGUGCGGCUGCUGGCAGCGUCCUCGGCCGACGUCGAUGCCAAGGAUCAGUGGGGUAGGACGCCUCUGCACUGGGCGGCACCCUACGGCAACGCAGAGGCGGCGAUGGCGCUGCUGGAAGCAGGGGCCGAUAGGGACGCCAAGGAGGACGCAGGGAACACCGCACUGGACUUAGCAAGAGUGAACAAGCGACAAUGGAUGGUAGAAAUCCUAUCUAGCAUUCCAACAAACGACUGUGAUGUGAACUAA